AUGGCGACCACCUUUCUUGAAUAUCUGACACAACCCAAUCCCCAAACGACUGUACUUAGCAAAGCCGGAUCCAGCACCAAGACUGGAAUUAACUAUGGUCCUGAUAAGUGUAUUAAAUGGGAAGACAUCACGUGGGAAAACCUGGAAGCGACCUUCAAGAAUAUCCUGAAGCAACCGAUGCGUAAGCCCCGUGUCGCUGAUGCGAGCGAGGUGCCUCCGGAGAAAAUGGAGAUAUUUCGAGAAGGGUCAGUGACCCAGCUGGCUGUUGCGUGGAAUGAGCCAGUCCUACGCCACGUAUUCCAAGGCACCCAUGAUGCCUUAGGAAGACCAAAGCAUGCGAGUGCUUUUCGUCGAGGAAGGAUCCAUCUCGAGAUGAACACAGGUCGGGGCAACGUGAAGAAUCCAAAAGGGAGAGACCAGGAGCCGGACUGGUGCGUUUAUCAAAAGGUGCCAGGGCUCGAGCCCUUCUAUCCGAACAUUGUUCCAGGGGAUUCCAAGCCAGCGAAGAAGUGGAAAUCAGCAUGGGUUAAUUCUAAAAAGCCAGUUCAAAGGAGAAAGGCAGAUUACGUCAUAAGACAGAUGACCAAGUACAUGUGGGAAGCCAAGACGAGGUAUGGUUUCAUUAUCAGCGAAGAAGAGCUGGUCCCCGUGAGGCUUUCUGUCUUCCCGAGAGAGAAUAUUGCAGGCACGGGAGUUGAGAUGCUAAACAAAUCCUUUGAGAACGUGGAUGAUGAGCAGGAGGAAGGUGUUAGUGAUGAUGACGCAGACCAGAUAUCCAAUGCGCCAUCUAAUGCGUCCUUCGGCGAAAGCAGGCGCAAAACGGGGCUGCAAGUUGAGUACUCUGGCAUUCCAUGGACCGCGAGUGGCGAAAAUAUCCUUACAAUGAAUCUCGCACUUUGGUGGCUUCCUGUACUCGCAGUGCAGGGACACACCAUUAAACAGUCAGGCACCUACACAUCGCUAGGGAAACGCACGCGAGGGGACAGUCCCGUGUUUCAAUUGGAUCAAGCCGAGCUUGAUAUGCUGGACAAAGCGUUCGGUGAAGCUUCGCAUCCCCGAAAGCGAAAGGCUGAGGAGGCGGAGGAGGAAGAGGAGAUCGAGAGCGACUCUUCUGCCUCAAAUCUCUCAUCAACCACUGACGAGCAGCGUCCCGCGAGACUUCACAGCUCCAGGAGAGGACGCUCACGUCUUAAGGCUGGGUCCACUUCACGGCUUGAUCAGCAUACAUCGAAACGACGAGUUGGGAAGCAGUCACCUAGCUUUGAAUACCCAGCCCAACGCGCACUACGGCGAUCCAGGCGGAGACGGAGACCAUCUCAAUCUGGACCAGAAAUUGAAGAGAGCUCUCAGGGUACAGAAGGAAUCAAUCAUUCCUUCUGUCUACACGAGUAA